UUUCAUUCAUCUUUCGCUGCUUCCAUUAGUCUUUGCAAAAAAUUCCUAGGGACAUCAACUUGACGCAUCUAUAUCAGUUCCAAUAACUUGGCCAUAAUAAUUGGCCCAAAUAAACGUACUUACUGAGUCAUGUAUUCCGCUAAAUUUUGUUCGUAAUCGUAAAUAUGUGAAUAAAAGUACUCAUUUAAAGCUUUAUCAUUCUUAUAUCAACAUAAAUAACAAUUAAUGAAGAUAUUGUGAACCUUAUGAUAGAAUGUUUAAAUGUCAUUGUUUGGUAAUGAGGUCAUCAAUAUUUGUAAUCUUGAAUUACAAUUAUUUUCCCAAUUAUAAAGUAAUGUCUGGUAGACGCUGCAAUAUAAAGCAUUAGCCAUAUAUUACAUAUCUUACCAUGAACUAUGUUAUACAAUAACAUUAAUUUAAUGCUACACUUUAUAUGGUGGUGUUGGAUUUUUGUUCCAAUUGCAUAACAGGUAAGAUUGUUAACAUUCAUUAUUUCCUGUUUGUGUACGUAAAUAUCGCUUUUGUUGCAAAUGAAAUCUUCUCAAACUUCACUAGAGAAUUGGAGAUUGUUUGUUUUUGAUAGUGGCGCAAAAUUACAUUUUACUGAUAAGUUUCUUUAUGAUACAGCGGUAGAAAAACAAAACGACGAAAUAUAUGUGCUGAUAUCAUUCCAGUCGUAUUGAUAGCGUCUAAGCUACGUAUAGUUGUGAUGAUAUCAGUGUAAUGAUUCAACAAGUAAAAAGAAACAUGAAAUGGCAAAUAAAAUGAUUCGCCAUUUUGAGAUGUGGCACUUGAUUUUAUUUAGAAUAAAGUGGAGUGAUUGCGGUUAGCACAUAACUGUAGCCCGUCAGAUUAUGUUAUCAAGCUGGCGAGUGUCACUGCAAUAACACGUGUACAUUGUGUAACGCGUCGGUGCUCUAUGGAAUAGUUCGUGUGACGCCACGCAAAUGCAGUCGAUACUAAACUAGAGCAAAUCUUAGAGUUAAUUCCUUUAACAAUCACUUGUAUUCGUAUGUGGUCAAAUACAUAAAAGUACCUUUAUCGACUGCUUACUCAUUAGUGGGAUGAACCUAUGAUAUAUUAACCUUAUUGGCGUGCCUCUAUGUAAAAACUGUUUGCUCAAGAACCAAAAACCACUGGCAGCUGUACUUAUUUUUAAAACAAAAACUUACGUCGUGUUGACAUUGCAUUAACGGCAGGAAAACCAAAAAAUAUUGCUUUGACUCAGUUAUACACAGACAUUUUGUUUAUAUUUGAUAGUUUUUUUUACAAAAGCAGUUGUUUGUUGUUUCGUAGCUUUUAAAAUGUAACAUUUUUGAUAUGUUUAGUCCCUCGAGUCAUUGACUUGAGAUGAGGGGCACCUUUACAUCGUAACUGGUAAAGUGGUUAUUGCUCCGAACGAUUAAACUACGUAGAGAUAAUAACAUUUAAUUCAUAUCUUUGUUAUUUGAAAUAAAACAAAAAUAGCCAUAAAAAUUCCUAAGCGUUAAAUCUGGUGUUCUCUCAACAAUGGUGAUUUGUAGUCAAAAUGCACAACCUGAAGUCUACAAAAAAUCUGAAUAAUGGAAAAUGACCCUAGUAAAAAAGAGUCGAAGGGGAAGAGGAUAUUCAAAAAAGCAAUUCGCCGCAUCAGUAAAUCUAACAAUAGCAGCCAGAACUCUGCCUUAGAGCAAGGGAUCAGCGUGUCACGAUCCAAGAGCUUCGAGAAUAAAGGUCUCUCCAUCGAAGUCAAUGACAGUGCGCCUCUGCCCACACCCGACGGCACCAAGGAGAAACCAGAUGCCAGUCAGAAGAUAAAGCUUGAUGACCGCACCCAGAAUGAGCCACCUCAGGAUCCAAUCGCAGACGCAGGCAAGGCCAAAAUAGUGGGCAUACAGGAGUAUAAAGAGGCUCCUUCUGUAUCUAACAAGGGCAUAAAAAUAUCAUCUCCGAAGCUCGAGAUUAAAGAACAGCGCCCUACUGAGGCAGAAGGCGGAAAAAAGAAUCUCAAAAGGAAAUUGGAAGAGGAGAGUGGAGCAGGCACAAGCGGGGCGAGCACUGGCACGUCGGACACCGAUGCCGACGACAAGGAUCCUAGCAAGGACAAAAAGAAAAAGAAUAGAUGCGCCGUUUGCCGCAAGAAGGUUGGCCUCACAGGGUUCGAGUGCCGCUGCGGAGGGCUGUUCUGCGCCGUGCACCGGUACAGCGACAAGCACGAGUGCUCGUUCGACUACCGGGAGCUGGGCGCGCAGGAGAUCCGCCGCAACAACCCCGUGGUGGUGUCGCAGAAGAUACACAAGAUAUGAGCCCCUCCGCCUGUCCUAGGACUACACCCUCACCGCACCGCAUUACAUACGUUUUAUGAUUUUCUCUAAAUAAAUAUUCGAUCGAGUUUGUGUUUCUUAUUUGCAUUUUGUAUGUAUUUUCGACUGCAGGUCGACGACGUCGUGCCGUCGUUCGUUCUCUUUGUUUCGUUUCUUUUAUUUGACGAGAGCUCCUUUGCCUCGCGACUGACACCGUUAUUCGGACGAAUGCGACAGCGUAGGAAACACAGACUCGAUCUACUGUAUUUAGAUUUAUUUGUGGCGAGAGUUUUACUUUUAAAUUUUUAUUAAAAGUUGUAGAUAAUGUUCGUUUCGGGUAGGAAUUCAGGAUUAAUUUUUGAGAUAAUAAGUAGAGUUUGAAUAUUGUCCGUUCACCUCCAUUGUAAAUAUUAGAUAUAAUUAAUUAUAGAAACAAAUCCUAUAUAUUGUAAAAAAUUAAAACUCCCAAAAAAACCUACAUUGUUAUGAUUCCAACGGAGAGCGUAGCGCGCUUGACCAUAUCGACGUAACAAUGGUAGUCGGAGCCGACUCAGCCGACCGCGGCCGAGCUCGUCUCUCCGUCGAUCGCCUAGUUGUACAUUGUAAGGAGUUCGCUGCCGCCGACUUGACUCGUGUUUGUGACAAACAUUCGGACCGUGAUAGAGUAGCGAACCUCCGCAGGCCGCAUCUGUGCUAGACAACGAUUAGUUCGCGACUGCACCGCGCCGACUCGGACUGUGAAUUAACAUCAUCUUCAAAUUGUUAGUAAUGUUAUUUUGGUUUGGGAAGUCGUCGCUUUCUUAUUUGUCUUAACAUUCGGCAUAAGUGACUAGAGUUUAGCGAGAUUGUGGUGUGUAUCGGCUAAGUGAGCGCGACGGCUGCGGGCGGCCGGCCCCGGGUGUCCGAUGCCCGCGUGCGCCAUGUUGUCAGCGCCAUGUUGCCAGUAUCUGUUACAUAUACGCCAGCCGCUCCCACGCCGCUCCGCUCUUUGUGUGAAAUUUUAAGUAAGCUACGGAUAGUUAUAAAAUAUUAUAAGUAGUCGACACUUUAUAUUAUUACACAUAUAAGUAGAAAAAGAAUUAUUUAGCUUUUUUCUUUUAAUCACAAUAUUAUUCAAAAUUGUAAGUUGUAUUAUGUAACUUGUUCAUUUAGUGGUGAAGUUGAAUCAAUAAUACCUAUGUAUCGCUUCGGUCGUUGUCCACAGUAGACUAACUGAUUGGUUGGACUUAAUUAUUUAAUGACUUUUGUUGUAUAUUUUGUUAGGUCAUUGAUUAAUUUUGGUCUUUUCGCUUGAACAUAAUCAGAUAAAGAUGAUGUUAAUGAAUGAUUUUCCUUCUACCUUGCUGUUUUAAUUUAGUUAUUCUCUUAUUAAAGUCAUUAAAUUUUCAGGAACAUAUGUAUGUUUUUAUUUCAAUUAACCCACUAAAGUUAACUUUCACAUUGAUAACACAAGUUUCUUUAUUUGAAAGUUUAAUCAUUACUGAAAAGGAGCCCGUUAUAUCCUAAUAUGACUGUUGACAAAGUAUAUUACUGUAUGCGCCACAUUACGGCGAGGCGAUCAACCUCUUAUUAUUCUCCAAGGAAAAAAAUGUUAAUAUUGUUGAUUGCACCAAAUAUACGUUUGCUAAUAAAUUCA